ACGCCGUUUAACUCUAAUAGAUUAUGGUCCUAGGUAGUAUUGAAAUUGUGUAACUCAUCCGUUUUAACUAACUGCAUCUUCUAACAAGGCCGCCUCCUCCCAUUCCUAACCGAUUACCUAGCCCUCAGUCUUUCUCCAAUCCCUAAGUUUCUCGAAUCGUUCCCCCUCCCUCCCUAUUCACUCUAUUCACCCUAUUACCUAGUGUCAUCUAGUCGUCUAACGACCAAUAUGUUGAAGUCACUAGUCUUUGCAGCUUUCUCGCUGCUCGCCGCAUACCUCUACAAUAAGCUACGAUACAAGCGCUUCCGGCAGUAUGCUGAUAUCCCUCAGCUGCCCCCUUCCCUCCUGUUGGGGCAUCUCAAGCUCAUGGGCGAAUACCUUGCACGCGGUCCUGCAGAUCGACAUCCAGAUAGCGUCUUCACGCAAAUGAAUGACGAUCUGGGAAGACCACCGUUGAUGUUUGUGGAUUUUCGCCCCGUGAAUCGUCCCAUGGUUCUUGUUCGUAGCCACGAAAUCGCAGAACAAGUGUCAAGAUCCUCCAAGGCUUUCCCAACCAGCACUCCCAAAAGUCCUUUACCAUAUUUAGAACCUAUCAUCGGUCCAACCUCUAUCCUUGCUUCUCACGGUGAAGAGUGGAAAGCACUUCGAAAGAGAUUUAGUCCUGGGUUUGCACCCCAGUACCUUAUGACCCUCUUACCUUGCAUUCUGGACAAGACUGUUGGCUUUACCGAGCACCUAGACUCCUUUGUAAAAUCAGGUGAUGAUUUUUCGCUUGUGCCUUUGGGUGUCAACCUAGCAUUCGACAUCAUCGGUGCGAUCGUCAUGGGCGAAAAUCUUCACGCUCAAAAUUCCAACCCGCAGAAGCAGAGCGAGCUUAUACAAAUUUACAGAGAACUUGUUAGCGCCUAUAUGGAUGACAAGGCCGACCUACCUUGGUGGCUAAUUCCGCGGACGAUAUUGAAACGUCGUCGUCUUGGGAAGCGUAUUGACGUAAUCGUGAAAAGUAUAAUCCACCGCAACCAUUCCGUCGAAAACGGCAAUGCUCGGAGUAUCCUCUCACUUGCCUUGGAGGAUACUAAAGUCCUUACAACCCAGCUUAUAGACGAAGCAUGCGACCAGAUAAAAACCUUCCUGUUUGCUGGCCAUGAUACAACUAGCACAACCAUCGCAUGGAUAUUCUACGAGCUAUCCCUCACGCCCCGUGUCUUAGGAUGUGUUCGUGCCGAGCUUGAUGAUAUUCUGGGUCCGGAGACGGGCGUAGCUGAAGUACGAUCAAAACUCCUUUCACCUGAAGGCCCGGAUGCGUUGCGCCGCAUGAAAUACAUCGCGGCUGUUAUUAAAGAAACGCUGCGCCUCCACCCGCCAGCCGCAACUGCGCGAACUACAGCACACGGCACAGGAUUUACUGUACGGACACCUGACGGCCAAGAGUAUUGCCUAGACGGAACGAUCAUUUAUAACUGCGAAACCUUAAUACAUCGGGACCCUGAUGUAUAUGGCGAUACAGCUAAUUCCUUCGUACCAGAGAGGUGGAUUGGACAGGACGAUGAACAGUCUAAGAAACAUUCCGACCUAUCUUCGAACCAAAUCCCUCCUAGCGCUUGGAGACCCUUCGAGCGUGGACCUCGCAACUGCAUUGGACAAGAGUUUGCCAACAUCGAACUGCGUGUCAUUGUUGCUGUCGUGGCCCGUCAUUAUGACUUCUUCAAGGUGGGCCUUGGGGAGAUUGAAACAGACAACAAGCAAUUACCCGUCGCUACAGAGGAUGGCCGGCUCAAAGUCAAAUCUGAACUCUACAAUAUGAGACAAAUCACUAUCAAGCCAGUGGAUAGAAUGAGAAUGAAAGUCAAAAUAGCACAGCAACAGUGAAUGAUAUACUCUAGAGGUUCUGUAAUAUUGCUAACUCCAUUGAGCACUAUUUCGCUAAGAGUUUGCAUGGAAAUCAAAUCCAGGACAGCGUGUUCCCGUCUUAUUCUUACAUGCCAAUCGCGUAUCUACCAAGGUACCACUACAUCUUGGUACGUUCAUGGCAAGAUCAUUAAGAUCCUUAAACUACAGUUAUGCUUGCAAGUGGGAGUUUUUGGUUUUUUUUAUCGCGGCUAGGGGUUAAGUUUUUUUAUGUACAUUACGUAAACAAGGCUUUAUGCUCGAACUUGUUCGGGAUAUUAUAUUAACCUAGCUUAUUUGGAUUAAGCAACUCGGCCGUGCGCAAGGUUUUAAGCGUUUUUAUUAGGUGUAUUAUUCGGGAAAAAAUGUUUUAUUAAAUGCAUCU